GUAUCAGGGACGUGUAGAGUGAACCCAGAGCUCUGUUACUGCACAUUUCUUGACGUAUUGUGAUAAAAUUGUGUUAAACUGAGAACCUGGACGUCUCCUGCUCAUGAUUCCUCAUCAAACGAUCUGCGCAGAGAAAUAGCUUCGCCUCAGAGAUGACCCAGUUCAGACUGGUGACACUGGCUGCACUGCUCUGCGCUCUUCCCAGUGCUGAUGGAGGGAAAGUCCUAGUUUUCACAGUGGCUGGAAGCCACUGGGUCAACAUGAAGGUCCUCAUCCAGGAGCUCCACUCCAGAGGUCACAACAUCAAAGUGAUCCGACACAACACCAGCUGGUCCAUCAAAGCAGAGUCCCAUCACUACCAGUCGAUCACCCUCGACCAUUUAACUGGAUUUGAUGAGAGCAGCAUGAAAGAUUUCACCUCAAAAAUGGUGCAGCUCCGUCGAGACUUCCACACUUUAGCGUUUGUCAAAGCUAGAGCGGAGUUAAUGGAAAUGUUGUAUCAAGGUCACAAAGCUUUGGUCGAUGGAAUGACAAAGAUGUUUGAGGAUGCAAAACUGAUGCAGUUCUUCCAAGAGGCAAAGUACGAUGUUGUUCUGACCGAUCCCUGCUUCGGCGGAGGGGUUCUCCUGGCUCAUCGGUUGGGGCUCCCGCUGGUCUUCAAUGUACGAUGGACAAUCUGGUCAGAUGGACACCGCAUGGUUGCCCCCUCGCCGCCCUCAUAUGUUCCCAUACCAGGCAGUGCACUGACUGACAAGAUGACUUUUUGGCAAAGGGUGAAAAAUGUGUUUUUUGCCUUAAUGAUCCUUAAUAACCGUGUGACAUUACAAGAGGCUCUCUACACACCAUUUGUCCAGCGUCACUUUGGUCCUGACGUCCACUACGAAGAGCUGGCUCAGGCGGCAGAUAUUUGGUUGAUGAGAACCGACUUCACCUUUGACUUCCCUCGUCCCACCAUGCCCAACGUCGUCUACAUGGGCGGGUUUCAGUGCAAACCCUCCAAGCCGCUUCCUCAACAUCUGGAGGACUUUGUGCAGAGCUCUGCGGAGCAUGGAGUCGUAAUUAUGAGCUUGGGGACCUUGGUGGGGAGUCUUCCUGAGGAGGUAGCAGAACACGUGGCUGCUGCUUUCGCCCAGUUACCUCAGAAGGUCAUCUGGAGGCAUACUGGGAAGAGACCGUCCAACCUGGGCAACAACACCUUGCUGCUGGACUGGCUGCCCCAAAACGACCUCUUAGGACACCCAAAGACCAGAGCGUUUGUGGCCCACGGAGGCACCAACGGACUUCAAGAGGCCAUCUACCACGGAGUUCCCAUCGUCGGCCUUCCUCUGAUGUUCGACCAGGACGAUAAUCUGUUCAGAAUGACAGUGAGGGGCGUUGCUAGAGUGCUGGACCUUGGCACACUGAACAAAGACAACUUCCUGGAGGCGGUGAAGGCGGUGCUUUAUGAGCCGUCCUACAGGGAGAAGGUGCAGCAGCUCUCCAGGCUGCACAGAGACCAGCCCAUGAAGCCUCUGGACCGAGCCACGUUCUGGAUCGAGUUUGUCAUGAGACACGGGGGAGCUGCCCACUUAAAGACCGACUCCUACAAGAUGUCCUGGAUUCAGUACCACUCCAUUGAUGUGAUCGCUCUGUUGCUGGUGUCGGUCACGAUGAUGUCACUGGUUUGUGUUUUAACAGUGAAAUGUUUGUGUUGUAAAGUGUUUGGAGGGAGGAAAGAGAAACUGCACUAAAACAGAUACUUAUGAUGCCCUGCCUGUACUUCUGUGAUGUAUUUUCACAAGAAAGAAUGAAACAACAUGUUGAAAUUGAAUCAAAAUCUGUACUUCGUAUGACUGAGUUGUGAUGAUGACAGUACAGCAGAACAAAAUAAAUGUAAGCCUCUGAGAAGUAAAAUA